AUGGCAUCAACUGAAGAACACAAGAAAGAAGGUGGCUGUGGUAAAGGAUGUGGAGGUCAUAAAUGGGGACCAAAAUCAGAAGAAGAACGUCAAAAACAUGAAGCUGAAUUCAAACAAUUUUUUGACGAUGAAUAUCGCAAACGAUACAAUGAUUCGACUAUCUCAGCUGAACAAUCAUGGGAAUUAUUUGUAGGAAUCAAAGAUCAAUGGCGUGCUAAGAAACGAGAACAAUGGAAGGGAAAACAUGAAGGCCACGAGCAAGGAAAACAUGAAGGUCACGGAAAAGGUAGUGGAUCACGUAGUCCUUCUCAUUCACCAAGUCGUUGGGAAGAAAAACGUAAACAAAUGAGAGAAGAACUACAUACAGAGUUUGAAAAAGAUUAUACAACUGCACAUGGUAAUAACAAGAUCAAUGCUGAUCAAGCAUGGGCACUUAUUCAACAAGUAAAAAAAAAUAAACGCGAAAAAUGGCAAGCUGAACGAGGAGAACAUGGUCAAGGUCAUGGACACGGUGGACACGGACACCAUGGACAUGGACACGGACAUGGACGAUCUUCACCACCCAAAGAUCAAUAA